AUGCCUGUCUCUCUCAGUGUUUGGCGUGCCAGGAUCGGCACGUACAUGCGCCGUAAGCCGAAAGUAUAUGACUACUUCUACUACCUGAGGAGGUAUGUUUAUGGUCUUAAGUUAAUUGAAAAGGCGAAGAAAGCAGCUGAGCACUCAAAAGAAAAUGACAAAGGCAAUUGCCACAACUCGUCUUUCAAUGGCUCUUCAACUGGUGAAAAUGGCAAAACUGGUAACGCAUCAUGUCGAAUACCUCCGCCAUCUAACGAUGUAGACCAGAGUCUAUCCCAAACUGAAUCUCCAAGUGACGGUGAGGUUAAAUGUAGCAAAGUCGAAGCAUGUUCUCAGACCAGUUAUGUUGUGGACAUUGGCUCGUCGUGUAAUACCAAAAGUCCCGAUCAGAUCGCUCAGGAUAUGUCUUUGAGUGCAGAUGACCGUACUCUUUCAACCUGUUCAACAGAACAGGAUUCCAUUCCUGCCCCGGAACCUACCACGCCCUGUGAAGUAGACGACGAGCUGGACCUGAGAUACAUAACUAUUCAUAGCGCAUCACCUGUCAACGUCUGCAAUUCAACUCCAACAAGUAAACUAGACAAACCAGACGGCACAUCAAAGUCAUACUCGCAGGUACAGGUAGCUACAUCCGUCAUUGGUCAAGAAGAUGACAGUGAUCAUAGGGAGACAUCCAACCUUUUACCGUCGAGAGAUGCUGCAGAUGACCUAUUUUUAACUAGUUCUGAACCUGUACACACGUCAUCGAGAACCAAGGUCGCAGAGCAUCACGGAAUACCAAUCUUUGUAGGCAGUAUAUCUUAUUCAUUCAGUGGAGAACCAGAUGAAAUCAAGAGGAAGAGCAAUGCUGUUGUGACCAAUGUGCUCCUACUGAGGUCUGGUGACGUGGAGCCAAACCCGGGUCCAGAUACCAACCCUGGGAAUCUAACUGAGCUCGAACUCAUUCUUCUUGCUGACGGUAUGGAUCCAUCAGACUUCAGGAAGGUUGGACUAGCUCUAGGAUUCACUGAGGCUAAGCUAAGUUGGUUUGAGAGAGAUAAUACUGGCAUCCUAAUGGGAGCUACCUAUAAGAUGCUUUACGAAUGGCUAAAGACAGUAAGGCAUCAAGAAGCGAGGGAGAUACUGUCCAACAAGUUAAAAGACAUCAAUCUGGUUCAGCUUGCCGACAGUGUAGAAAAAGGCCAGGUCGGUGAUCACAUAUUAUCAAUGACAGAAGAGGAAGUCCAACGGGUCAUUAAAGAGGUCAAAGAAUAUUCUGCACUUCAAUACUGUCAGAUUCAAGCCGAUCCACUGAACAGCAACGUUCUGUUUCAAUUGGACAGGAUCUUCACCAACUUAACGUUGUUGGAAGAAGACAAAGGAACAACUUUAAAGGCGCCGAUACUCUACGCAGACCUGCUCAAGACUAAAGUCAAUGGAGUCCUUCCUAAACGUCUGUUGGUUGAAGGUGAAGGUGGUGUGGGGAAGACAACUCUCUGUGCAAAGAUCGUUUGGGACUGGAUUCGUGGAAAUGGUUACAAAGAUUUCAAACUUGUACUUCUCGUCCUCCUUCGUGAAGUAAGGGAUAAGACCAUUGGAGAGAUCAUAAUGUCUUAUCUCCCAGACGACAUCAAGGUUACAGCCAUGCAGCUAAACAAGUAUGUGUUUUCCCAUCAGAAAGACGUCCUUCUAGUUCUGGACGGUUUCGACGAGUUAGCUGGCGAUCUUGAUAGCUGUUACCAAAUCGCCCUUAUCAUCCUAAAUCGGCUGUUCAAGUCAGGGAAAGUACUAAUCACAUCAAGACGAUGGAGAUCAGAUGAGAUACGGAAGAUUACAGAGCUUAGAAAGCUUUAUGCCUUCUUUGCCGUGGAAGGUUUCUCUGAUGAAAAUCUUUCCUCCUACAUCAGCAAGUUCUUCCGUCCAGACACAAGUUCAUCUGAAGAUUUGAAUCGAUUCAUAUCGAACAACGAUGUGAUCAGAGAGAACAUGGCCCCUUUCCCAAUAUACACAGCAAUGCUGUGUAUUAUGUGGAAAGACUUUGACGCCCAACGCCGUGAAGCAAUGUCCAAACUGCAAACAUUUUCUCAACUAAUCGAUGAGAUGGUCCAAUUUUUAAUCGAUCAUCAUCUUUCCAAGCGCAAUAUAUCUGCAGGUGAUAUUGGUGGAGAACUGGAUAUGAAACGUAAGGAGAUUCUGUGUCAUCUGUCUGAUAUCGGUUGUCUUGCCUUGAAGGGGCUCCAUGAGAGGAGACUGGUGUUCACUGAACAGGAGUUCCAGCGCUGGCCGGGAUCUAUGGAAACAGGUUGCCAAGUCGGAGUGCUCACUAAGCAAACACAAACCCCUUCGAUGAGAGAGAGAAGACACCGUUCUCAUUCUGCAGUCACAUCUGUGCAGUUCCCUCAUAAGCUGUUUCAGGAGUAUCUAUCAGGGAAGUAUCUGGCAUCUCUCCACAAUUCAGACAGGAGCGAAUACGACAAAUUAAUGAAGGAUAUCAUCGGAAAGGAAAGAGAAUUCCGGGAGCUUCUCUACUUCACCUCAGCCCAGCAGAAGGAGGUCGGAUUGGAUAUCGUAUCUUGUCUAACCAAACAACGCAGUGAUAAUGACUUCAUUGUUGAUGUAGCAUAUGAGAGUCAAGACCAAACAGUGGCUAAAGUUGUAGCAGAUCAUCUAUCGACUUCAUCCAGCAAGACACUUGUGAUCGAGGAGGAGAUGCCGGCACACACGGUAUCAGGACAUAUCUUUGUCAUGGAUCAUUGUGUAGUGCUCGGUCUAACGUCAAGAGACGAGGAAUGGCAUGUUCAGCGUGCAGACAUACUUCUCCAUCUAUCAAACAUCGGUUGUCUUACCUUCAAGGGCCUCAUGGAAAGACGAUUGGUGUUCACCGAGCAAGAGUUAAAGAGCUGGCCAGGGUGUGUGACAAUAGGUUGUCAAGUUAUCGUACUCACUAAACACAAACCUAUCCUUAAGAGGAGACACAAAUGUACCAUACACAUCCCGCAGACUCAUCACAACUCAAACAGAAGUGAGUACGACAGAUUGAUUGCGGAUAUAGUCGGAAAUGCACGUGAAUUCCGCGAGCUUCUGUACUUCACCUCGGCCCAACAGAAGGAGGUCGGAUUGGAUAUCAUAACUCAUCUCAUAGCGUCAACGUCAACACGAUCAAUGAGAUAUGGAGAUAACGAUGAUGACUACAUUGUCGCUGUAGCAUAUGAGAGUCAAACAGUGGCCAGAGCUGUGGCAGAUAAUCUAUCGACUUCAUCAAGCAACACACUCGAGAUCAGGGAAGAGAUGCAGGCCCACACGGUAUCAGGAUUCGUCAUGAAUCAUCGUAAAGUGGUAAAUGAUUUCAACAAAAAGUACACACCCUCUUAA